GCGCUGGAUACGGACGCGAGCAGUGUGGACUUUCAAAUUGGCCAAAAAUACUAGUAUAAAAUCGAAAAUAUAUAGCAUUCGGCGGCGUAACAAUCGGUAGCAACAAUAGGAACGUUGUUUUUUGGCCCCAAAAUUUAUGCCGUUCGUUUGUCAAUAAAGAAAAAAAGCAAACGAGAAAUGUAAACAGAAACGAAGCGAAAGCAAAGGAAGACAUCAUAUUGAAUUUAUGGUGUAGGUGCAGCAACGUGGUCCUCGAACCUAAGGACACCUCGUUGUCCUUGUCGUCAGGGUGUGACUCGGCACAGUUUGGUUGUGGUGUCGGUGCCGUUUUGCACGUGCCCUCACCUUUGAACUCACUCACUCUCUUGAGUGUGAGAUCCUUGUGUGCUGUCCUUUAUUGUUGUCUUACCUGUGCUACCCACCUACAAUUACCGUUAUCGGGCAAGGAGCAAAUUGCUUUUGCUACCCGCCACGUUGCGAACAAUUCCGGUCCGAUUCGAUACCACACCCCACACGCCGUAUGGGGAACGUAUUUGAGGUCUCCGGAGCUCAACGGUCGUAGUAUUGCGCAUGAUAAUUGAAUUUUUGUGGCGGCUGCUUUGUGAAACUCUCCUAAUUGGAAAUUUCUUAUUUGCGUUCGAUGAACUGUGAGCGGAAAAGAGCCCAAAAUUGAAAAUGUCCCGUGACAAUCAAGCGAAAUCGCCAAUAGCCCGCACAAAGUGAUCCGGAAAGUUGUGAACUAAAGCUGUGAAAACAUGGAGAACACUACACUGCUGGCUAAUAUUAGCCUAAAUGCAACCAGAAAUGAGGAGAACAUCACCUCAUUCUUCACCGACGAAGAGUGGCUGGCCAUCAAUGGGACAUUGCCGUGGAUAGUGGGCUUCUUCUUCGGCGUCAUUGCCAUCACGGGAUUCUUCGGCAACCUACUGGUCAUCCUGGUGGUGGUCUUCAACAACAACAUGCGCUCCACCACCAACCUGAUGAUUGUGAAUCUGGCUGCCGCUGAUCUGAUGUUCGUAAUCCUCUGCAUUCCCUUCACGGCCACCGACUACAUGGUGUACUACUGGCCAUAUGGAAGGUUCUGGUGCCGCAGUGUCCAGUACCUGAUUGUGGUGACCGCCUUCGCCUCCAUCUACACGCUGGUGCUGAUGUCCAUCGAUCGCUUCCUGGCGGUGGUCCAUCCCAUUCGCUCGCGGAUGAUGCGAACGGAGAACAUCACCCUGAUUGCCAUCGUAACGCUGUGGAUCGUGGUGCUGGUGGUUUCGGUGCCAGUUGCCUUCACCCAUGACGUGGUGGUGGACUACGAUGCAAAGAAGAACAUCACCUACGGCAUGUGCACCUUCACGACAAACGACUUUCUCAGUCCGCGCACCUACCAGGUCACCUUCUUCAUCACCUCGUACCUGCUGCCCCUGAUGAUCAUCAGCGGGCUCUACAUGCGCAUGAUCAUGCGGCUCUGGCGCCAGGGAACCGGCGUCCGCAUGUCCAAGGAGUCGCAGCGCGGACGCAAGCGGGUCACCCGCCUCGUUGUCGUGGUGGUCAUCGCAUUCGCCUCGCUCUGGCUGCCCGUCCAGCUCAUCCUGCUGCUCAAGUCACUGGACGUCAUCGAGACGAACACCCUCACCAAGCUCGUCAUCCAGGUCACCGCCCAGACUCUGGCCUACAGCAGCUCGUGCAUCAAUCCGCUGCUCUACGCCUUCCUCUCCGAGAAUUUCCGGAAGGCCUUCUACAAGGGCUUGCAAUCCAAUAGACUUGGUAUGAGGACAUCGACGCACCAGGAUGUGAGUUCUGAGAAAACUACCUAUUAACAUAACUGCCGUUAACUGCUCGUCUCGAUACCAGAACUACACAUCUGAUUUGCCGCCGCCGCGCAAGACGUCCUGUGCCAGGACCUCCACCACUGGACUCUAAGGUUGACUCUCAAGAGAUAUCAGGGAAAGGAGCGAAACUUUGAGGACACAAGUGGACAAAUACACGGGACCAAUUCAUCAAUGGACUGCAAGCGAGCGCUGCAUUGGAGUAUUGCUCUUCGAAUGACUAGAUAUAAGAUAUGAGGACUUUGUAAAUAUUAAAUUAGAUUAAUUGAAUUCAAUGUCUAUAUCGUGUGUGUAUUUUUAGGCUACUUAUUUAUCUCUUAGACGAUAUUAUAAUAAAAAUAAUAAUAUCUUUUAAAAUAGGCAGUGUAUACAGGCUGCAAUGAUUACCGAAGAUUAUCAUUUUUGGCAGUAGAUUUCCCUGAAUUAUUUUUAAUGUUUUAUAUGUAAUGCUAAUCGGAAUGCAAUGUGCUACAUGCUCCCUUGGUGUAAGCCAUAUUGUUGGCCAUGUUAUCACAGUUUGUUAUUUGCGUAAACCGUUAAACAAUUAAAUAAUACAACUACAAA